AUGCUGCCAAUCUUGCUCGCUUUGGCUGCCUUCGUGGCAUCGUCUACUCAAGCGGCGCUGCCGACCCCGACGGCGCUGCUCAAGGCAUCAACCAAGAAUCAGGACCUGUACAGCAAGAGCAGCAAGGACAUCAGUCCGCUCACCUUUGACGACAACGGCAACUUUCAGAUUUCCAUCUUUGAGGAUCUCCAUUUCGGGGAGAAUGCUUGGGACUCGUGGGGGCCUGAGCAGGACAUUCAUUCUGUCAAGGUCAUCGACAAGGUGCUUGACCAGGAAUCUCCUGGCCUGGUCGUCCUCAAUGGCGACCUGAUCACAGGCGACAACGCCUUUCUGGAGAAUAGUACCGUGUAUAUCGACCAGAUCGUCAAACCUCUCCUGGAUCGCGACCUAUUCUGGGCUUCGACCUACGGCAACCACGAUUACGGCUUCAACAUCUCCGGGGUCGACAUACUGGCGCGGGAGAAGCUCUGGCCCAACAGUCUCACUUUGAGCAUGGUCGCAGGCAUCAAAGCCGGUGUUUCCAACUACUACUUGCCCGUAUAUGCGCCAGACUGUCACGAGUCGCAGUGCGCCCCCGAGUUGCUGCUCUGGUUCUUCGACAGCCGCGGCGGCCUUUACUCCCAGGAGCACAACGCAGACGGCACUCUCCGCAGCCAGCCGGGCUGGGUUGACACGAGCGUCGUCGAAUGGUUCCAGGCGGCCUCUUCACGCAUCGCCGAGAGCGCCGGCCGGACUAUCCCGUCGCUAGCCUUUGUGCAUAUCCCGACAAACGCGUCGCAGGCGCUGCAGACGGAGCAUGGCCGGGACAGCAUCCAUCCCAACCACCAGCCAGGCAUCAACGACGACUAUCCGCUCGCUCCGCAGGCUCAAGGGUGGUGCUCCGACGGCCGCAACGAUGGCUCUUGCCAGUACGGCGGCCAGGACCUGCCGUUCAUGAAGGCGAUUGCCUCGACGCCAGGGCUCAUUGCCCUGUUCUCGGGCCACGAUCAUGGCGAUUCCUGGUGCUACAAGUGGGACCGGCUUCUGCCUGGGAUGACGGUCACCGGCAACGGCGUCAACCUUUGCUUCGGGCAGCGUUCUGGGUACGGCGGGUAUGGGCAUUGGAUUCGGGGCUCCAGGCAGGUUCGAGUCUCGCGCGACAAGCUUCGCACCGCCGCCGAGGCCGAGACGUGGAUUCGGCUCGAAACUGGUGACUUCGUCGGCUCCGUCACACUCAACGCCAGCUACGGCAAGGACUGGUAUCCCGCGACACCAAACGACAUGACCUAUUGCCCUACAUGCAACUACUCCAUCUCGACCCAGAUGUAA